AUGGCUCACGCUCAGCAAAUGGAGAUCCCCAACUUUGGCAACAGUAUCCUGGGAUGUUUGAAUGAGCAGUGGCUGCAGGGUCUCUACUGCGAUGUGUCAGUGGUGGUCAAAGACCAUGCUUUCAAGGCCCACCGAGCUGUUCUGGCUGCCAGCAGGUCCUACUUCCGGAACCUUUUCAACAGCAGCAAGAGUGCAGUGGUGGAGCUGCCCGAAGCUGUGCAGCCCCAGUCUUUCCAACAGAUCCUUAGCUUCUGCUACACUGGCUGCCUCAGCAUGAAUGUGAGCGACCACUUCCUCCAGAUUCAGGAGAUGGAGAAAAGCACAGAGUUUUUACUCAAGGUGAGCUCGCCCAGCUGUGACUCACAGGGCCUUCACGUGGAGGGAACUCCCCCAUCAGAGCCUCAGAGUCCCGUAGCCCAGAUUUCUAGCUGGCCAGCCUACAGCACCCCACUUCCCCUUGUCUCUCGAGUUAAGAUUGAGCAGCAAGAGUCAGAUUCAGUUCAAUGCAUGCCUGUAGCCAAGCAGUUACGGGACAGCGCCCCGAAAGAGGGCGGCAGCAAUGGCAGCCGCAAAAUGGUCAAGUUCUCCAGCUCAUCCCAGCAGCCCCAGCACGUGGCCCCAACCCCAGUGCCAGAGGGGACAGCAGGUAAGGGGAGCAGGCCCAGCACAUUCGAACAGACCGGCCCUGGGACAUCCAGCGCCUACACUAGUGAUAGCCCCAGUUCCUACUACAAUGAGGAGGAUGAGGAGAAUGCAGGGGAGGAAGACUCUGAUGAGCUGCAGCACCAGAUACACAACAUGUCCUCGAUGUAUAGCAUGAUGAACAUAGGCCAGAUAGCUGAGAAGGUGGAGGCCCUGUCGGAGUCUCGAAAGAGAAUCUGGGUGCAGCAAGACCUGACCUCACUGCCAGCUGAGCUCAUCAACCAGAUUGGCGGUCGAUGCCACCCAAAACUCUCUGACGAGGGUGACCCUGCUGAGAAGUUGGAGCUUAUAAUAAGCACCCGUGUAUACAUCACAAGGGCACAGCUCAUAAUCUGUCACAUCAGUGCCGGCACAAGGCACAAAGUCCUAUUUCGUCGGCUUCUUGCCUCCUUUUUUGACAGGCACACUCUGGCCAACAGUUGUGGCUUAGGCAUCCAAUCUACCACCAAAGACCCUAGGCGAAAACCCUUGGACAGGCAGAUCCUCCAUGCUGUCAAGGUCUACUGCCAGACCUUCGCCCCCAACUUUAAGAACACUGAGAUGAAUGCCAUCGUAGGGGACGUGUGCACCAAUGUUCGAAGGUUGGUGCUCAAGAGCUGUGUGCCCAAGGGCAGCAUGCAGAUGACCUUCAUCAAUGACUCAGGCAAGAUAGAGCCCAUCAAGGGUGUGGAGCCCAGCUUUGAGACAGUCAACUAUGACGGUGAUGCAGGGCCCUCUUCUGAAGCCCUUCCAUAA